GAAAGUGUUGAUCAGAGCUGUGUAUGGCAUUUAGGAGGAGUGGAAUGGCCGGGUUGGUCGUGUUUGGUUCAAAGAAGGAUGGUGGAAGAUUCCAGCUGCUUGCGAUGUUCGACAUUCAUGUUUUUUGAUGGAGAACAGUCGUCGUCUCACCGAAUCGAUGGUCAAGUUUUAACAUCUUCAAUGGAGGAUCGGAAUUGAUUUGUUUCUGAAGAUGCCGUUAUUCCUCUCCUUCAAUACACGGUAGACAAAGCUUGCCAAUGCAUAAUGGUGGGAUUUUGGCAAAAAUAACUGAACAAGCCUCCAUCUUUUGAAGAUUAUAUAUAACACACACACAUAUCGUAUGUGUGUGUGAGCUAUGUGUGUUAUAUAUAUGUGUGUGUGUAUGUGUGUGUGGAGAGAGAGACAACCCGACUAAGAAAGGGUGCACGUAUCUUAAGGUUUAAAUCAAAAAAAAAAAAAAAAAACUACUAGGCAGAGAUUUCUCUCAGGGCUAGCCAUUCCAAUGUUAUAUACCGGCUAAUGUCUGGUCCUUACUCGAACCAGUGGUUUCUAUGUUUGUUCUAUUAUUGAAUUUUCUCACCCCUUUUCUGGUCAACUUUCCUUUAAUUUCCAUUUUCUCAGAUGCCAAAUAAAGUAUAUUUCAUCAUUUCUAUGAUGUAUUUGUGCCAGCUGAUAUGAUUAUGGACAAAUCAAUCUCCUUCAAAUAAUAAGGAUUGGUUGAUCAAAGUGCAAACCUUUCGUUAGAAUUUGAAUACUUUAUCAACUGCUAGUCCAGAUCAAACCGACCAAACACAGAGAUUGAAUUGGACACUUGACAAACGAGCAACAUUUUAGCUAGUCUUUAAUUCAGUUAUCCAUCCAUCUAACCUAACAUAAAAAAAUGCAAUUUGCUGAGUAAGUAUUGACUGGUUAGUUAAUUAAUGACUUAAUUAAUAGGAUUAAAUGAAGUUGGAAACCUCCUUUACGUCCGCAUAAAACUUCCAAUCAACUGAAAACCAUUUAUUAACUUUUCAAAGAUUGACUCAACCCUCUAAAGUCUUUUUCUAUUGAGAAAUAAAAGUUCAUGCGCGCACACACAUAUCGCACGCAUUUUAUAUACAUUUACAGCCUCAUCUUUUGCUUCAACAAUUUCACAUCUCUGAUAUUUUGGUGGACUAAAUUGGGUGCCACAAUGUCAUCACAAUCUGCAAUCCAAUUCAUUGAUGCAGCGCUUUCCUGCACUAGCCCUUUCAUGCUAUCCUACACAGACCCUGACCAAAAAUGGCUAAUCCGAGAACAUCUCAUUUCACUGCUUCAAGACUUCCCUUCUCUCAACCCUUCAAUAGAUACCUUCACUCACAAUGAUGGCACUAGAGUCAACCUCUUGAUUGCAACUGGUGAGCUCCAUAUUCCUCAUUCCACAAUUGCCAUCCCCGUAGCCAUUUGGCUACAUGAGGACUACCCUAACAUGCCCCCUAUUGUCUUUGUCUCAUCAAAUUCCAAUUACCCAAUUCGUCGUGACCAUUCCUUUGUUGAUACUUCCGGUGCCAUCACCACCCCUUACCUCGAAACUUGGCUCUAUCCCCGCUGCAAUCUCUCCAACCUUGUCCGUAACCUCCUCAAACUUUUCUCCCACAGCCAUCCUUUCUAUUAUUCACCAUCCUCUAGUUUUGUUCAUCCCUCCCGCUUUUCAAAGAGGGAGGCUCUUGACCGCGUUGCCUGUUCCCUUCACUAUGACACGGUGGCCUUAAGGGCCAAAACCGAGGAGGAAAUAGAAGAGCUAUCUGUCCUGCAGGUUGAAAUGGUGAAGCGAGUUGAUGUCACGACAAGCAUGAUCAUUGGGCUUGAGCACGAAAGAACAAGCUUAAAGAAGAGAACGAAAGAUUUGAUGGAAGAAGCUGAUGUGCUAUUGAAUUGGGUGAAAGUUCAUGAUCAUAAUAAGAACUCUGUUGCUGCCAUAGAAAUUGAUGAUGUAUUUGAAACUGUGGAUGACGAAUCAAAAAGGUUGAUGGAUUGCUUGGCUGCAGAUUGGGCCAUGGAUGAUCUAAUUUACGCAUUGGACAAGGCAGUUGAGCAAGGGGUAGUGACUUUUGAAAUGUACAUUAAGCAAGUGAGAAUCUUGGCUAGAAAGCAGUUCUACUACAGGUAUAUGCAAAUGAAAAAGGGUUCCUAUGGCCAGAUUGACCUACUAUUAUGAUUAUUUCGAAUGUUUAGCCAUGUAAAUAUUGGUAUACUUCUUUAGAUUUCUAUGCAAUUUUCGAACUUCUUAUGGCUUUAGUUCUAAUCUUUACUGCAGAUAACCCAUCAAUUAAAGUAAUAUUGAUGUCACUGUUUUUUUUUUUGGAAAAAAAAUCUUGUUUGAUGAGGACAUUUGAUCUGCCACAGUGAACACCGAUUAUGGAACACAAGAUCAAAUAAAAUUAGGAUUGGAUCCACCGCAUAGAAUUGUUAAAAUAGAAGGAAACAGGUUAUAUGACUCUUUCCUUGUGUAAAGAAGUCAGUGAAGUCCCUUAUAAAAUAAGAGGUGGAAAGGGAAAUGCUGAUCCAUGGGCAGACAAUUCCCUGAUCUUAGAACAGGGUGAGGAUUUAUAUUCCCAUUAGAUUGGGGUCGAAUCUAUGGAAUGUUAUGGUGUUGGGCUGGAAGAUUGGGCCCUAAUUUAGGAUCCUAGACACUAACUUCUUAUUUUUGGCCCAGGCUUCAGUUAUGAGUCAUAACCGAAAAUGCUAGCCCUUUCAAGUACUGAAACAGUGUAAUGAUAUUAAGGUUCUUGUUAACCUAUUUGUCCAAGUGAAAUCGUUAAAAAUCAUUGAUGACUUGAAGUAGGGAUCAUUCAUUAAGACAAUUAAUUGUUUCAUUCUGAAAAGCAAAUCUAAAUAUCAUCUUACUUUAAAUUAGAUCUCAUGAAAAAAGAAUAAAAAAAAAAAACUCAGCUUUACCAUUAGUUUUUAAUUAAUGCGAAAGAAUCUUAUGUGAAUUAAGUUAAUAAUAAAAGCCAAACAUAAUAGGUGACACAAUUAUGAUUGUUAGACAAAAACAUAAAGAUGGUUGUAUAUAAACUAAAGAGAAAUAUUCGAAAAACAAUCCAAUUCUAAGAAUGUCCCAUAAUUUAAG